CUGGUACCCCGUGGCCGCGGGACCCCAGGCUCGCUCCCCGGACCCCGCGAUGGCAGGCGAGGCCCGCGGCGGAGACGCGGCGCUGCGCCGCCUGCUGAAGCGGCACCGCACCGAGAUCGCUGUGGCCGUGGACAGUGCCUUCCCGCUGCUGCACGCGCUAGCCGACCACGACGUGGUCCCGGAGGACAAGCUCCAGGAGACGCUGCGUCUGAAAGACACGGAGGGCUGCCCGCAGGCCUUCUACUCGCUGCUCUCCUGGCUCCUGACCCAAGACGCGGCUGUGAUCCUGGACUUCUGGAGAGUUCUCUUCAAGGACUACAACCUGGAGAGAUAUGCCCGGCUGCAGCCCGUCCUAGACAGCUUUCCCAAAGAUGUGGACCUCAGCCAGCCCCGGAAGGGGAGGAAGCCCCCAGCUGGCCCCAAGGCCACUGCGCCAAUGCCCAAACCCCCCACCAAGAGGAAGGCCCCGGAGGAGCCCCGGACUGCCCCGUUGUCGGUAGCCCUGUCCCCAAGGGGCACCUCCAGCCCAGGCUCCCAGGCGAAGGCCAAGCCCCACAAGAAGCAGGAGAGCGCCGCGGAACCACAGCGCCUGCCGCUGGGGAAUGGGAUUCAGACCAUAUCGGCGUCGGUUCAGAGGGCCGUGGCCGUAUCGUCUGGGGACGCCCCAGGCACCUGUGGGGCCGUGGAGGGGAUCCUCAUCCAGCAGGUGUUUGAGUCAGGUGGCACCCAGAAGUGCAUCCAGGUUGGGGGGGUUUAUACCCCCAGCAAGUUUGAAGACCCAGGCGCAGCGAAGAGCAAAGCCCGCAGCAGCAGUGGCCUGAAGACCCUGGUCCGGGCCAAGGGGACCCAGGUUGCUGCCCCUGCUGGAGGGGAUCCGAGGGCCAGCCAGCAGGGCAGGGUCCCGGCCCCUGCUGCCCUCCCCAGCGAGCCCCAGCCCCACCAGAAGAAUGAGGACGAGUGUGCCGUGUGCCGGGACGGAGGGGAGCUCAUCUGCUGUGACGGCUGCCCGCGGGCCUUCCACCUGGCCUGCCUGUCCCCGCCGCUCCAGGAGAUCCCCAGCGGGACCUGGAGGUGCUCCAGCUGCCUGCAGGGAAGAGCCCAGCGGGACCAGCCCCGCGCUGAGGAGCCCCCGGCAGAAACCUCGGUCAUCCUGGGGCUGCGGUCCUCAGGAGAGGAGGUGAAGGGCCUGCUCAGGGAGCCCCCAUCUGGGAUGGACACUGCUGUGACCUACAAGCACCUGCUGCCCCCAGCUGCGGCAGCCCCCCUGCCCGUAUUGGACCCCUCUGCCCUACGCCCCCUGCUGUUUGUGGGCCCUGAGGGGCAGCAGGGUCCGGCGACCGGCGCGCGGUGCGGAGUGUGCGGAGACGGCACGGACGCGCUGCGGUGCGCGCACUGCGCCGCCGCCUUCCACUGGCGCUGCCACUUCCCGGCGGGCGCCCGGCCCGGGGCCGUCCUGCGCUGCAGAUCCUGUUCUGGAGACCCUGCCCCGGCCCCGGGGGAGGGGGCGCCGGCCCCGAGCCCGGCCCGCUCGGUUACCGGGCCCGCCAAGGCAGGGGAUGAUUCUACUGGUCACGAGCCCGUCCUGCAGAGGGAUGACCUGGAGUCCCUCCUGAGUGAGCACUCCUUCGAUGGCAUCCUGCAGUGGGCCAUCCAGAGCAUGUCCCGCCCACUGGCCGAGGCGCCCACCUUCCCCUCCUGAUGCGGGAGGGCUCGGGCCUCGCGGCAUGGCGAGGGCAGGGGCUCAGCGAGGUCGGACCCUCCCCUCCGUUCCUGCACUGCUGGACCCCCGAGUGCCCACCUGUGCUCACGGUGACUCUGCUCUGAGAGGGACAGAGGGGACCUGCCUGCUCACCCUGGAGCUGUCUGGGUGAGGGCCAAGAAGAACCGGGAAGUUCAAGUGCUGUCAACACCGCUUGUAAACACAGCCCAUCUUUGUAAACACAGCCAUCGUGUGCGCUAAAAUUAAAGUGGCUUCUGUGUGGUGUUAGCCUGCUU